GUAUCUAUCAAAUUCACACUUUUGUAGUUUUUUUUGAAUAAAUUUUAUCGAUUGGCUUUGUUUGCCUCAAAUAAAAAUAGAAUAGUUAUACAUUUUGUGAAGCAAAAAAUCGUUUCAACCUUUCCUUUCUAAUUUUGUAUGUUUUAUUGAUUUUGAUAAUUAUUUUGUUGCAAAAAUGAUGUUUGGAACGUCCAAAAUAAUGAGAGUAAUGGGUCAAACCCUGUCCGAGCCGGUGACGGAGAAACAGUCGUCAACAUGUCAGGACAGCCGGUACUUGGUCGGCUCGUCCUGCAUGCAGGGCUGGAGAGUGUCCAUGGACGACUCGCACACACACAUACUGUCGCUACCGGAGGACCCAGGGACUGCAUACUUUGCAGUGUAUGAUGGACAUGGCGGUUCCAACAUAGCAGAGUAUGCUGGCAAACACCUUCACAAGUUUGUCACAGCCAGACCAGAGUACCACCUCGGAAACAUUGAGGAGGCUUUGAAACAGGGUUUCCUGGACCUGGACCAGGCGAUGUUGGAGGAGGACAUGCUGCAGACGAAGGUGGCGGGCAGCACGGCGGUGGUGGUGCUCGUCAAGGACAACACGCUGUACUGCGCCAACGUCGGCGACUCCAGGGCUAUCGCCAGCGUCAGGGGCGCGGUGGAAGUACUAUCAUACGACCACAAGCCGAACAACGAGGAGGAGCUCCGUCGCAUCACGGCUGGUGGUGGCUGGGUGCAGCUCAACAGGGUCAACGGGAACCUCGCGCUGUCCAGGGCACUCGGAGACUACGUCUUCAAGAGGAACUACAGACUGUCGCCGCAGGAACAGAUCGUUACAGCGUUCCCAGAUGUACAAGUGCGGCAGCUGAACGACGACUGGGAGUUCAUAGUGAUAGCCUGCGAUGGUAUCUGGGAGGUGUUGUCCAAUGAGGAGGUGAUAUCAUUCUGUCGCGUACGCCUACUAAGCGGUUGGGAGCCGGCAGCGGUGUGCGAAGCGCUAAUGCAACGCUGCCUCGCGCCGAACUGUGCCACGGGCGGGCUCGGCUGCGAUAACAUGACCGUCCUACUCAUCUGCCUAGCUCCCUUCCCACGCCUCGACCCAGCUUCUGCAUUCAAGUGCCUAGAUCCGACACGUCCAAACAAGUAUUGGACAAUGACACCGUCGCGGCGGUUCUCUUAACUUUAAACUCUGCCCACCCCGUUUUGCACAAGCUUUAAUACUUCUAGUGUGUCUCUUAUACUGUGAUCUUUAGCCCCUUUUGUUACUUGGUUGAUUUUUAUAAAAUUUGUAAUGAAAUGACUUGAUUUUUAUCCCAUUUCCAACGUUUUUAAAAGCCGGCAAUGCACUUCGUAGCUCACCUGGGCGUUUGCUUUUGAAAACAAUCCCAAUAUCAAUGCAAUUUCAAUCCAAUUAAAUCUCUAUAAUUAUUAUUCAGUGUCAAAACUACGACCCUAAUCGUAGUUGCUAUCAUGGCAUUCGGAGUAUAGAAAAAAAUGAAACUCAAUACCAAUUAGUUCAUUCAGUAUCCGGGUGUCGAUCGAUCGGAGUUGGAAUCAAGAGUAAGCCUGGUGUUACGAGUGCGUGUGAUUCCUUGAUUGGACGCAUAAAGGUUCCGUCUACUCGUAUGCUAUUAAAAUAUUCCUGUUUAUAAAACUUGAUCUGAGGGCCUAUUGUGAGUUUUAUUUUAUGAACGCGAUCAAAUGUUACCGCGUUUUAGCCCUCUGAUUGGUUAGUUAAUUGGAGCUGGCCAAUCAGAGCGCCGAAAGUCAUAAACGUGUCGGUCGCGUUAACGUAACAAACACGCACUUGGCCCUCUGAUUCUGACUAAUGAAUAUAGCAAAAAUUAUUUCUCCAACCCGGUGUAGUCGUUACCUACAAGAAGUAGUUUAGAUAAUAUUAACGUACAAAUCUUUGUUUUCCUUUUUAUUAGCUUGUGAAGCCCCACUACUGGGACUGUACAAGGGCUUCUCCUCCGAAAUUCCACAUCAAUUUGACUUAAAUAUUAGAGAAUAAUAAAUGCAUGUUUUACAAAUUCAAACACAUACCUUUUUAUCCAUAGCAAGAUAGAGAAGGGCAUCGAUAUGUUACACAAUACAUGAAAUAUACUAUUUCAUUUAAAAUGGUUGCUUUUAAAUUCACGAUCUUUGAUUUAUUGAAAUACAUGGGCAUAAGCAUAAAAACUUUGAACGUAACUCGACUAGUUUCAAGCAAUAACGGGACUCGUAUACGCAACGAGAAAAGUUGAGCAAUAAAGUAGCUACUCUAUACAAUCAUCUAUUCCAUGCGGGUCGUAAAAGUUUUUCGUGACAAUUUACCCGUCGUGUGACCAAAACGUGGCACCAAGACAAUAUAUUUUCUUUUGUCUUAUAUACAGGUGUUAUACAUACAAGGAGGUGUAGAGGUUAAAAGAAAUAUCGAUGCCCUUUUCUCCGUUUGUUUUUUAAAAAAGAACUUAUAAUAAUCAACCAAGUAAUAGUUAUAUAAAUAUCUGGGUAAUGUUUCUGUGAUUUUAUGAAUUUAAAUUGUUAAGUUGUUUAUACAUGGCGUUAAUAUAACGUCUGUUUGACUGUCGAGUGCCAUCUAUGAUAUUUUACAAAGGAAUUGUUGUUGUGUGGCUUUUGUUUACUAUUAAAAUCGUUAUUUAACAAGUUGGGAACGUCAAAUGCAUAUUACCUGACUUAAAAAAAUGGAGGCGGUAAAGAAAAUUUGAAGGCCUUGUUCUCUUUUGCUUUUUAAGUUUACACAAUAUGGUCUAAUUUUAUACAAGAGUGGAGAUAUAUAAUGUACAAGGAUAUACAAAUUUAUACAAGCGUGCUCAGAUGAAAAAUUGUGGAUAAAUUGGACUCCAACUGCCCUUCAGUCAUCAUAUUUUACAAGAGUCGACCUCACAAGAGUUUCAUUUCUAUGAAUAUUAUUCCGUUUUAUUUGAACAGUUAUGAAAAUUAAUUUAUUUUAUGGUAGAAAAAGCCACACACAGUCAAUGAAUAAUAAUAUUGCCAACUUGUUAAAAAUCAAAGAAGUUUAUUUUACCUUAAGGUUAAAUGGUGAAUAUGAUUCAACCUCAUUGUUAAAAUUUCAACGAAUUGUUGUUAAUAUUAUAAUGUUUUAAUGAAUUAAAAUUACUUAAAUAGUAAUCGUGUGCCAGCUAUUUGUUCUAAUUAGAAUUAACCAUACAUUAGCCAGAAUGUGCUAUAUUUUCAUUAUCAGAGGUACUGGUUUUGCAUGUCACAAUGAGAAGAUGCUUUCUAUGCGUUCCGGUUGUCAGUUAACUAAUGCCAGUUAAAUGUACAGCAAGUCAAGCUACUACAUUCGGUGUAAUUUCGUUAUUCGAUUUUCAAUUUAAUUGGUUUUGAUAUAAAGUCGAAAAUCCUAUGAGAUCAGAUUGGUAGGUUAACCUGCUAGCUACUGUCUGUACAUGGUUAUAUGCUUCGGAUAAUCAGCACCGUCCGAAAAUCGGAACGUGUGGAAAGAGCCGUACUCUAAAUAAUAAUUUCCAUUUUUUAUUAGAAUACAUACUCUGGGCCUAUUUCACAAUGUUUGGCGAACUUUUUUUUAGCCUAACUCAUAUAUUUCGCGUGAAAAAUACUUACAUAAAACUAUCCAUCACUUAAGUUAAAAUAAAUUUAAUCAGACAUUAUGAAAUAGACCCUUUAAAUAAUAUUUUCACUCAUCCAAACUUGUAAAAAAUUGGUAACACCAUUUUCUACCAUUUGUUACAUUUUUUUGUAAUCUGGUAACCCCAUUACGGUAUUGCCAUGUGUGUUUUUAAUGUAACGUCUCGCUUUUAAAGUUUGUGUGUUCGAUUUUUGUAUUUUAAAAUUUUAUUUGGUUUUUGCAUGUUGUAAUCAUGUUUUUAUGUGUCUAUGUAUGUUCUGGUUUUUAAAGGAAAAUGAGCUUUAAUUGCAUGAAUUUAAAUCUACUUUUAAUACCUUUUAACAUUUUGGUCGCCAAGGUCGGCUUUUGACAAACAAAAAGUGGGUUAAUCCGCUGCUGUAAGUCAUAACUGGGAAGAAAAUUUCAUUUUUUGGAAGAUUUCGUUGGUCAACAAUAGCCGACACUGGCGGUUAAAAGUGAAGCAUGUUUUUACUAGCAAUAAUUCUAGGAAUGCAUGUUAAUUUUAUGUAAACUAAAGAAUCCAAAGGUUGUCAAAUGUUUCAUCUACGCAUGUGAAUGUAAUUUUUUUUUAUUUCGCUUAUAUUUUUUAAUCUGAUAUUGACAAUAUUCCAAGACUUUUUAUAUCGAUUUUUUUUACAAACUUGAUUCAAGCAUCUUGGAAAGAUGAUGUUUAUCGUAGAAAUUAUGUGAAUUGAACAAUAUGUGUGGUAGGUAUGGGUUUUGGAAUAUUGUCAGAAGUACGUGUCUAUAUAUCUAUAUAUAAAUUCUAGUUAACACCGCCUAUUUGUUUGUAAACUCACUUUGUGUUGCUUAAUAAAUUCGUUGGAAAGCA